AUGGAAAGCACUCCGAUGCAGAAUGACACAGUGGGCGAUCCCAAGCUCAGCAUCAAGAUUGCCAUAGACCGAGGCGGCACAUUCACAGAUUGCCUGGGCAUCGUUCAAGGCCGAGAGCAGGACAUUCUCGUCAAGAUUCUCUCACAGGACCCCGCCAACUAUGCCGACGCUCCGCGUGAGGGCAUCCGCCGGAUCCUCGAACUGGCCACCGGCAAGAGCUUUUCUCGGAGCGAACCAAUCGACACCUCACAAUUUCAGGAGUUGAGCAUCCGCAUGGGCACCACUGUCGCGACCAAUGCGCUGCUGGAGCGCAAGGGCGAACGGGUGGCUCUCCUUAUUACCGAGGGCUUCGCCGAGAGCUUGAAGAUUGGUCUCCAAUCCCGGCCAAAGCUUUUCGACCUCAACAUUGUGAAGCCGGAUGUGCUCUACGAGACGGUCGUCGAGGUAUCAGAGCGCGUCACACCAGAGGGCUACCAGCAGAGCCCCACGUACGAUGACGACAUGCUCCAGAUCGAGAGAGCCGCCGAGCGUGACCCUGAUCUGGUCAGGGGAUUAAACGGCCAGAUUAUCCGUGUGCUCAAGAAGAUUGACACAGUCAAGGUUAAGGCUGACUUGGAGAAGCUAUACACCGACGGAUUCAGGAGUAUCUGCGUCUGCUUGGUCCAUUCUUAUACGUUUCUCGAGCAUGAGCUGGAGAUACAAAAGAUCGCCUCGGAGAUCGGAUUCACCCAGAUUACACUGUCAUGCCUCACUCUGCCAAUGAUCAAGAUGAUCAACCGUGGCAUGUCGGCAACUGCAGAUACGUAUCUGACGCCCGUCGUGCAGCAGUAUAUCAAGGGGUUCCAAUCUGGCUUCAAGGACGGACUGAAGUCAUCCAAUACCCGCUGCGAGUUCAUGCAAAGCGACGGUGGUUUGGUAGACGUGCGAAAAUUCAGCGGGUUGAGGGCCGUUCUAUCCGGCCCCGCUGGUGGUGUAGUCGGAUAUGCCAGAACCAGCUUCCACCCCGAAGAGAACGUCCCAGUCAUCGGCUUUGACAUGGGAGGCACAAGCACCGACGUGUCUCGUUUCGAUGGUUCGUUCGAGCAUACCUUUGAGAACAGCACGGCUGGAAUCUCCAUCAUGGCCCCGCAGCUUGACAUCAACACAGUUGCUGCUGGAGGUGGAAGUAUCCUCCACUGGAGGCACGGCCUGUUUGCCGUUGGGCCCGACUCGGCAGGCGCGCACCCGGGACCUGCUUGCUAUCGCAAGGGCGGCCCUCUGGCCAUCAGCGAUGCUAAUGCAUUCACUGGUCGGCUGAUCCCUGACUACUUCCCCAAGAUCUUCGGCAAGCGUGAGAACGAGCCCCUGGAUGUGGAGAUCACCCGCCAGAAGUUCACCGAGCUGGCCAAGCAGAUCAGCGCCGAGACGGGUCAGACCAAGACCCCCGAGGAAGUUGCCAUGGGCUUCAUUGAAGUGGCAAAUGAGACCAUGGCCAAGCCGAUCCGAGCGUUGACCGAGGCCCGAGGCUUCGACACUUCUUCACAUCACUUGGCCUGCUUCGGCGGAGCUGGCGGCCAACAUGCCUGCGCCAUCGCUACCUCGCUGUCCAUCCGCAGAGUCAUUGUACAUCGAUACUCGUUGGUCCUCUCGGCGUACGGCAUGGCUCUUGCCGACACAGUCCACGAGGCGCAGCGGCCGGCCUCUGGGGCCUUCAAGUCCACCGAGUCCGUACAGCCCAUCAUUGACGAGCUCAAAGCCGAGGUGACCAAGGAGCUCCUGACCGACGGUGUCACGAAAGACCGCAUCACCCACGAGGUGUAUCUGAACCUUCGAUACCAGGGCACCGACAACAGUAUCAUGGUUCUGGAGCCUGCUGGUGGAGACUACCUGGCGGAAUUCACUCGCCAGCAUUUCAGAGAAUACUCUUUCACAUUCCCCGAUAAGCAGGUUCUCCUCGAGGACAUCCGGGUCCGUGGCAUCGGCCAGUCCCUGGAUGCCGUGAAUGAGUCUCCAUAUGAGGAACUCCGUUCUGUCAAGACGUCGGAUGUUGCUGCGGGCGCGGAGGACCGCAAGUCGGCUGUCUACUUUACUCAGUCGGGUUGGGUUGAUACACCCGUCUACUGCCUUGAGACCUUGACCCCCGGCUCCAUCAUUCAUGGCCCUGCCAUCAUCAUCGACAAGACCCAGACUAUUGUGGUUGAGCCCCGUGUCAAGGCCACAAUCCUUAGCUGUCAUGUGAUCCUCGACCUGCAAUCUUCACAGGCACGGGAACUCAGCGAGACCAAGAUUGACCCCAUUAGCCUUUCCAUCUUCGGGCACAGGUUCAUGUCCAUUGCUGAACAGAUGGGCCGGACCUUCCAGAAGACCGCUGUCUCGACAAACAUCAAAGAGCGCCUCGACUUUUCAUGUGCCAUGUUCUCACCCGAAGGCCGCCUUGUGGCCAAUGCGCCCCACGUGCCGGUACACCUGGGCUCCAUGGAAUACGCUGUCCGGUUCCAAAACCAGCACUACCGGUCGACCCUCAAGCCUGGCGACGUGCUGUGCAGCAACCAUCCUGUAGCAGGCGGUGUUCAUCUUCCCGACAUCACUGUCAUGACCCCCGUGUGGGACGAAGCGGGGGAGAACAUUAUCUUCUGGGUAGCCUCCCGUGGUCAUCACUCCGACGUAGGAGGCAUCAGCCCUGGCUCGAUGCCUUCUAACAGCAGAUUCCUGUACGAGGAGGGCGCCGCUGCCGUCAGCUACAAGCUUGUGAGCAAUGGGAAGUUCAACGAGGAGGAGACUCGCAAUUUUCUUUAUGAUGAACCCUCUCAAUACGAGGGCUGCAGCGGUUCUCGCACGUACAACGACAACGUAUCGGAUCUGAGAGCCGCCAUCGCAGCCAACCGCAAGGGUGCACAACUGAUCGACGUGCUCAUAAAGGAGUUUGGCCUUCCGGUUGUGCACGCGUACAUGAACGCCAUCACUGACAACGCGGAGACGGCGGUGAAGGCUUUCCUCCGCAAGGUAGCAAGGACGGCCAACAACGGUCGCUUGUCAUUCGAGGACUACCUGGAUGACGGGUCAGUAAUCAAGCUGGAGAUCCGCAUCGAUGCCGAGACGGGCCUGGCCGACUUUGAUUUCACUGGCACGUCCCAGGAAGCCUUCAACUGUCUCAACACCCCCAAGGCAAUCACCCACUCCGCCGUGAUCUACUCUUUACGCUGCCUUAUCAAUGUGGACAUCCCUCUCAAUCAAGGCUGCCUGGCACCCAUCAACGUCAUCAUCCCCGAGGGCACUAUCCUCAAUCCCUCACGGUACGCCGCCGUAUGUGCCGGCAAUAGCAUCACGUCUCAGCGCGUCACCGACGUCAUCCUGGGCGCCUUCAAGGCAAUGGCCGCGUCACAGGGAUGUGUCAACGUGUUCGCCUUUGGCAUGGGCGGCAAGGACGCCUCUGGAAAGGACGUGCCUGGCUUUGGCUACAUCGAGACCAUUGCCGGUGGCCACGGAGCGGGACCCAGCUGGCACGGCACAUCUGGAGUGCACGUCAACAUGACCAACACGCGCUGUGCCGAUCCCGAGGUGUACGAGAGCCGCUACCCCGUCAUCCUCCGACAGUGGACGCUUCGGAAGGGAAGUGGCGGUCGUGGAAAAUUCAACGGCGGCGAGGGCUGCGUCCGAGAUGUCGAGUUCCGUAUCCCCCUGUCAGUGUCGAUGCUGAGCGAGAGACGCGUCAUGCGUCCGUAUGGUGUUGAUGGAGGUGAGCCGGGAGGCAGGGGUGUCAACCUGUAUGUCAAAAAGGAGGCAGACGGCCGGGAGAGAAUCAUCAACAUUGGCGGGAAGAUGGAGCUCAAGGUAUCGCCUGGCGAGCGCGUGAUUAUCAACACUCCUGGAGGUGGUGGUUGGGGUGUGGCCUCGGGGGGUGAGGUGAAUGGCACGGGAGCCAUCAAGAGUAACGGUACAGGGGUCGCCCCGAUGUCAACGUUUGAGCCACGAGGGAGUGUCCACAACUGGACCAUGACAGCAGAAGGAGUUUAAAUGGCAUUGGCGUACAUGAAUCGGAUUUGUCUUGUAUGAACUGGCGCUAUGAUUUUGUCGCAGUUGACUGCGAUUUUGGUUCGCGAGCUGCACUCGGAAAGUGAUGACGCUUCAUGGACAGUUUGGAUCAAUUUUCUUCUUCAGGAACUAUGUGCUCCUCAGCCGUGUCAGCCUGACAUCAAAGCCACUGCAGGCGAAGGCAAUGUACUAGUGGUUUGGUGGGAUGGCCAGUCGCCAUAA